AGGGGAACGCUGGUAGAGGUACUUUGAGGGUAGUAAGCUAAGUAUGUAAACACCUCUGGUUUAUGUGAAGAAACCUGAUAAAGUAAAUAAUUUUUGUUACUAUUUAUAUGGUAUAGUACAACGUGGAUGGCAAGUGUUAUUCGCACGAUAUAAAUUAUUAGACUAAUUUUUAGGCUAUGGAAAUCUAUAAGGUGUCGCUGAACUCAUGAUGUAUAAGCUCAUCUUUGAAUCGAUUAAUUUGUUACGCAUUACGUGUAGAGGGAAAGUGACAGCAUUGUAUUGAGUGUUAUUUGAAUAUCAGAACGUCUGUGUUUCAUUAUAAAUUUUAAACAGUUCAAUUCAUAAGUUUACAAAAGUUUCAAAAUUGAUAAUACGAUGGUUCGAACGCGAACUAUGACGCAGGAUGAAUAUAAAAAAAAUCAUGCAAGCUUUAAAAUAAUUUACGGCUUUCACUCGUCACCGUUUGGAAAUUGUUUACUUGGCGUGACGGACACGGACAAAGCUGUAUUGUAUUUGGCGUUUGUUGAUAGAAAUGAUGAAGGAGGACUAGCGGACUUAAAAAAUAAUUGGCCUCUGUCCGAAUUAGUUGAAGACACUAACAAUGAAACAGAAGAAAUUAUACGCAAUAUUUUUUCUCCAUGUGCAUUUGUCGAUGAUUUCUUAACAGUACUUUUGAUGGGUACAGAAUUUCAAAUAAAAGUUUGGGAAUGUUUAUUAACUGUACCCAAAGCUACUACAAUAACUUAUGAGCAAAUUGCACUGAGUAUAAGCAAUCCAAAAGCUGUACGUGCUGUUGGUAAUGCUGUAAUGAAAAACAGGAUUGCGUAUCUUGUACCAUGCCAUAGAGUGGUAGGAAAGUCCGGCAGUAACAAGUAUAAAUGGGGAACAGAACUCAAAGAAACUAUAAUAUCACAUGAAUGUCAAUACCCUUAAGAUUGUUUCUUCUGUAUUCUUUACCAUAAACUGCAAGAGUUUUUUUUUAUAUGGUUUAUAAUUUUUCAUAUGUAUUUGAUAUUGAACUCUUGCAAGUAAAAUAUUUCUUUCAUUAUAUUUUCAAAUUCCAGUUAGAGGAUCAGUAGAAAGGUAUAAAAUAUAAAGUACAUGUAUUUAUAUUUAAAUAAUAAUCGGUAUAUCGGUUAUAUAUAAAAUUGUUAAUGCAAAAACUUGUAUAUUUUAGUAUUUUACAUUAAUCUAAAAAUAUUCGAUUAUCGCUGAAAGUGAAAAUGUUAUCUACAUUAUGUAUAUUACCGAGUACGUUAUUAAAAUUAUACGCUAAUAAAUGAAACGCCAAGUUUACAAAUACA